UACUAGCUUCAACAGAAUCUAGCUCUCAACAAUGGUCUCAGCAGCACCAAAAGCAAUGGUUGUCCCGUUAUCCAAUCUUAAUUUCCCCUAUCAUCACUUCUUAGUGAUGUUGUUAUCCAUUUUCUUCCUCUUGAUUAUCCCAUAUGCUUCCGCUUUGUCCUUUAACUUCACUAGUUUUGAUCCUAAUGACAAGAGCAUAAUAUAUGAAGGAUCAGCAAACCCUGUAGCACCAACUAUCCAACUCACAAGAAACCAAAUGGACAAAAACAUGAUUGGAAGCAUAGGUAGAGCCACAUAUUGCCAACCUAUGCACCUGUGGGACAAAGCCACAGGGAAUCUGACAGAUUUCACUAUCCAUUUCUCCUUCGUCAUAGAUUCACGUAACCGAAGUAAAUAUGGAGAUGGGAUGGCAUUCUUCCUUGCCCCUGCUGGUUUAAAGAUUCCUAAUGCCACUAAAGGAGGUUCUUUGGGUCUGACACUUGAUAACCAACGAUUAAACUCCACUGACAAUCCAUUUGUUGCUGUGGAGUUUGAUAUCUAUAAGAAUCCCUAUGAUCCACCCGGUGAACAUGUUGGAAUCGACAUCAACUCUUUGAGAUCUGUUGCUAAUGUAACAUGGUUGGCUGAUAUCAAGGAAGUAAAACUCAACGAGGCUUGGAUCAGUUACAACUCUAGUUCGUUAAAUUUGAGUGUUGUGCUCAAUGUUUUUAACAAUGAUACUGAUCAUACCAUUCAGCAGCAAUAUCUAUCUGCCAAAGUUGAUCGGAGACUUUAUUUACCAGAAUUGGUUACUUUUGGCUUCUCAGCUGCCACGGGAAAUGCAACUGCUAUACAUAGUGUCAAUUCAUGGAUUUUAGCUCAGCUUUGGCAGCACAAGAAAACAUAACAAAGGGAGCAGACACAGUUGCAAGGUCUCCAGCAACCUCCAAUAUAGCUCCCAGUCAGAAGAAAAUGAAUAAGAACGGCUUGGCAGUGGGAUUGAGUAUUGGUGGAUUUGUUUUGAUUGGUGGGUUGGGUUUGAUUUGAAUUGGCUUGUGGAAGAAGUGGAAGAAAGGAAGUGUAGAAUUUUUUUACAAAAAAUUGAAAUUUUUAUAAUUAAAUAAAUAAAGAGA